GAAUCAACUCUAAUAAUGUUCUAUUUUGUUGCAGUUCACCGCAAGAAGAGCUACCCCCACAUGCACGUGCCGCUUAAAGCUAUGCACUCGCGGUCGAUGAGAAAGCACUCGUCAGUCUCCGCCAAGGAAAGCAACGAAGAGGCGCCCCCCGGCCCCCCUGAUGCCCCCAAGGAGGGCGAUGCCUCCCCUAGUGUGCCGCCACCUCCACCCGCCGACUCAGAACCCGCCACUAGCCCGCCUCUCAGCAGUGCUACUCCGAGCGGCGCUUUCAUCUCGAGCCCGGACGCAGAUGACGAUGACGACGAUGACAACACGUCACGUGCGGACGACGUGACGCUGCUGAGCAGUGGGUCGGAGGCGAUUCGGUCGGAGCGGGCCGCCGCCAUCGCUGAGGGCAGUCUCUUCGGAUCGUCGCCUGACCGUCGCGUGCAGUUCGACAUCGGUACUCCUCCCAUUAUUAUAUCGUCGUUCACAGAAAAGCCGACUGGUGCAUCUGUGACCACAGACGGAAAGGAAGAGAAAGAUGAAUUGGGAGAAGACGCAGCUGCUAGGGAAGGAUCAGAGAGUGAGAGGAGAGACGACGAAUAUGGAGAUAGAAAGCACAAACGAAGACAUAGCCGACACAAAGGCAGCAGGAAGUACAGCGGCGUGGGCGCGGGUGCCGCGGAAGACCCGGGCUGGCGGAAGCGGUCGGUCGGCGAGGAGCGGAAGUACAGCAUCCGCCCCGAGGAAGAGGAGCUGUCCAACCUGCAGGAGGUCUACCAGGACGACUUGGCCAGCCACCGCUUCGACGAGCCGCGCGGCAAGCGUCGCUUCAGCACCAAGUCUAAGAACUCCAUUCCGUCGCUGUCGACCCGUCGCGACACCGGUGCUUCCAUCCACCAUCCGCUCUACAAGAAGAUCUUCGAUCAUAGUCCGCACGAGGUGUUCGUGCAACUGGAUGAGCUGAGCGGAGUGGGAGAGGAGAGGGAGUGGAAGGAGACGGCGCGUUGGAUCAAGUACGAGGAGGACUUGGAGGAGGGGGCCGACCGGUGGGGCAGACCCCAUGUCGCGUCGCUCAGCUUCCACUCGCUGCUCAAUCUCCGCAGAUGCCUUGAAACUGGUGUGAUUCUGCUUGAUCUGGAGGAGAAAGACCUGCCGGGAGUGGCUUACAGGGUGGUGGAGCAGAUGGUGAUCGAUGAGCUGAUAUCUGCCGAGAACAAGGCGACUGUGAUGCGAGCGCUGCUGCUCAGGCAUCGACAUGUCCAAGAACACGACCGCUUCCGCUUCAGUGUCCGCAAAAACACCGCCAGCUACACCAGUCUACAGUCGCUGGAUGAGGAUAGCAGCAACUGUAGUGAAGCCGACUGGAGUGAUCGUAACCAUAAUCUAACAGUGAACUCAGUGACCAAUGACCAUGGGCAAAAGGUGAAGAUCGUGCCUUCGGCAUCUUCGCUGGAAGUACCAGCCAAGGACAAUCAUCACAACAAUCACUUUCCCAUCGGCUCCGAGUCGAAGCUCAAUCACCACCAUACAGUAGACAUGAAAGAGGAGGUGUACACAUCGUCGACCGAAGAUCUGAGCCGGCGCGCCGCCAAAGAGAGCAUCCUGAAGAGGAUUCCGAUUGGCGCCGAGGCCACCACUGUGCUGGUAGGAGCCGUCGAAUUCCUCGAGCAGCCAACCAUCGCAUUCGUCAGGCUGGCUGAGGGCAUAUUCAUACCCACAAUCACUGAGGUUACAAUACCAGUUAGAUUUCUAUUCAUCUUGUUGGGACCAAAAGAUGCUGAUCUGGACUAUCACGAAGUCGGUCGGUCAAUAUCAACGCUCAUGUCAAAUGCGGACUUCCACAACGUGGCGUACCGCGCGAUCGACAGGAAGGAGUUGUUGUCGGCCAUCAACGGGUUCCUGGACUCGAGUAUCGUGCUGCCCCCUGGCGACUGGGAGAACCAGGCGCUGCUGCACUUCAACGAGAUCAAGGAGAAGACCGAAGCCAUCAAGCGCCGUCAGAGUCGCAGCAAGUCCUUUGCGUCGGCUGCCGCUGCUGAGAAAAAGGCUCUGCUAGUGGACGAGAAAGGUGAGAAGAAACCGCCGCCAUUCGACCCCCUGCGGCGCACCCACCGUCCGUUCGGCGGCCUGUUCAACGACAUCCGACGUCGCUGGCCGCACUACAAGUCAGACAUCAUCGACGGCCUCAACGCUCAGUGCUUUGCUGGCGCCAUUUUCAUCUAUUUCGCUGCUCUGUCAGCGGCCAUCACGUUCGGUGGUCUCUUAGCUGACAAAACGGGGAAUCUGAUUGGCAUAUCAGAAACACUGGUGUCGACCAGUCUGUCAGGAGUGUUGUUUGGGCUCAUCUCAGGGCAGCCUCUCAUUAUUAUAGGAACAACCGGACCAUUGUUACUUUUCGACGAAUCUUUGUAUCAAUUUUGCCAAAGCAAUGGGAUAGAGUACCUGACGAUAAGGGUGUACAUAGGCAUUUGGCUGGGGAUCAUUGCUCUCGUUGUUAGUUGUUUUGAGGGCAGUGUCUUCGUCAAACUGUUCACUCGAUUCACUGAGGAAAUAUUUGCAUCACUUAUCUCACUACUCUUCAUUUUUGAGAGUGUCAUGAAAAUUUGUCAACUCUUCAAAAGACAUCCAUUGCUCAGCUUAAAUGACUAUUGUGCCGAAAAUAACGAAUCCAACUCACGAUGGAUGUCUGAUUUAGCUACAAUUCCUCUCUCUAUGAUGGGAAAUUCUUCGUUCAAUGAAUCAUUAUUCGAUGCGAGCUCAGGCAACAGUAGCAACUCGUUGGCAGGCGUGAUGCCGAAGCCACCCGAGUCGCCCAAGAACCAGCCGAACACUGCCCUUUUCUGCAUGAUCAUUGCACUCGGAACGUUCUUCAUCGCCUACUACCUGAGACACUUUCGUAACAGCAAGUUUCUCGGCAGGAGCGUGCGAAGAGCUCUGGGUGAUUUUGGUGUGCCGAUCUCGAUAGUGUCGAUGGUGAUGCUGGACUACUGUGUGCCGAGCACCUACUCGGAGAAGCUGAAAGUGCCGGAAGGUCUGUCGCCGUCUGAUCCGGCCGUGCGAGGCUGGCUCAUCCCGCCGUCCGGCCUCCUGGAGCCCGUCCAGCCCUGGGUCAUGAUAGCCGCCAUUGUCCCCGCCCUGCUCGUCUACAUCCUCGUGUUCAUGGAGACUCAUAUCACCGAGCUGAUAAUAGCGAAGAAAGAGCGCAAACUGAAGAAGGGCGCGGGCUUCCACCUGGACAUAGUGCUGGUGUGCGCCUGCAACGUCAUGUCUGGCCUGAUGGGCGCACCUUUCAUGUGCGCGGCCACUGUGCGAUCGAUCACGCACGUCUCGGCGCUCACUGUCAUGUCGCGCACACAUGCGCCCGGAGAGAAGCCGCAUAUCACCGAUGUCAAAGAGCAACGAGUGAGCGCACUGCUGGUGAGUGUGUUGGUAGGCCUGUCGGUGACAAUGGCGCCCCUGCUGCGACUGGUGCCCAUGGCGGUGCUGUUCGGCGUCUUCCUCUACAUGGGCAUCUCCUCCAUCAACGGCAUCCAGUUCUUCGAGAGGUGUCGCCUCUUCUUUGUGCCCGUCAAGCAUCACACCGAUGCCGCUUAUUGUAGGAGGGUUCCAACGUACAAGAUGCACUUGUACACAGUUAUUCAGUUUUUGUGUCUGGGCAUUCUGUGGGUGGUGAAGUCGUCUCCCAUUUCGCUUGCGUUUCCUUUCUUCCUCAUCCUCAUGGUGCCUCUUCGAGCUCAAUUACGCUUCAUAUUCACACCUUCUGAACUCAGAGCACUGGAUAGUGAUGAGCCUGAUUUGGAUGACAGGGAAGAUGAACCAGACUUUUAUGCUGAAUCAGUCCUUCCUGGUUAGAGUGUGAUGUGAACAAAGUCUCUUGCGUUGUAAGAUAUGUGUGAAAUAAAGUUGAUGGAUUACAUUUUUACUGAAAGCUUUGUUGCUUAAAACCCGCGAAUCAAUAUAAUGGAAACUAUCGAGUAUUUUUAAGUAGUGAUCUGAAAGAUCAAAGUUUGUAACAUUCUACAUUAAAACAAAUGUAUAAAAAUGUGUCAAAGUAAUUUUCAAUAAACUGUUAUCAUAAGCAACAGUCGAAUUAUUCUCUCUCUACUGAUAUUGAGAAGAUACUAUUUCAGGAACUAUUUAUAGCGUAUCAAUAUGAAAAAUUCACGUAAAACCUCUGCAAAUCUCAUUAUUUUAAAAUUUAGCACAAACUUUUUUCAACACUCAAAUUCAAUGUUUUAGUUAUUGUGUUAUCAGUGUCGACAUUAUUUCAAUAUCCUGUUAUUCUUAUAAGUUUGGACAAUGUUAUCUACAGAUUAUCUCCCAUUCACACGUCUAUCCGAUUUUUGGAUAAAUUUGAAACCUUUUUUUUAAAUCCUGAUAUUGUCUGCAGCUUUUGGCUCUUAAUUCUUGUGCAGGCAUCAGAUAUACACUGAAUUUCAGGUACAUGAUAUGAAUAUUCUUUCUAAAAUUAUUUAUGAAGCUGAGCUUCAAGUUUGUCCCAGUAAAAGUAAGAUUUUGUCCCAAAAGUAAGAUGAAAUAGAAUUAUAAUUGAUUAUAGCAAUCUACUGUCCAUCUCUUUUAUUGCACAUAAUCUAGAUAGAUGUACAUUGUCUCAUUUUUAGGAACAUGAUGAGUAGUUUAUUUAUAAAAAGUACGUUAAUAAUUCUUAUUGUUUUUAAUUCUCUUGAUUUAAAUUUUUUGAGUCUUGAAACAUUUAAACAAAUUCUUGCGAUUUACCAUUGUUGGAAGUUUUUUUAAAACAUGUACUUAAGAAAAUAAUCAGUGUUCACUCGCCCAUUAGUAAUCUGACCUCUCAAUUUGGAUUUUACACGCAUGAUUUCAUCGUUUUAUGAUUAGUCAACCUUAACCUUAUCAAGGCUACCGUUCAUAAGAAAUCUUUUACUGUUUAAUUUUCCUCCCCCCAGAAUAAUAUAUUUGCAACUGAUAAUUUUUUUAAAGCCCCUUUUUGGCACAGGAAUCAGUUCUUCAAAUUUAGUUCACUUUUUUCAAAAUGAAAAUUAAUAGUAUUUGAAAAUAAUAAUAGCCUAGUAGAAAGUUGAAAGUAUCCAGGCUAUCAAGGCUUAUCAAAUCCACUGAUUCACAGUUAUCUAUAGAAUUUCAUGGCACUUAUUCUACAAUCUUCCUUGUAAAUAAGCCUCUAAUAAAUAGAAAAAAUUGUCGUAUCAAAAGCAGCAUGGGGUAGCUAGAUAUAAGAAUUAUGUACUAAUUAAGAAUGGCAAUGUAAAGUAAUAACUAGAACGAUUCUAUGAAAAUGUGUAAAUAAUAUAUGAUGAUUUAAACAAUAUUUUUUAAACCUAUUCUUAUAUUAUAAAUUUUAAUCAAUUAUAUAGAAAAUAUAUGUAUUGUUAAUUUAUUCUUAGUACAUUGAUAAAUAAUGUAAAUACUUAAUAGUGUCAAAUCAUUGAUUAAGAUAGGUAGAUAGAUAGGUACGGAAAAAAAUUGUGAUAAUGAAUUUAAUUCAUUCCGAAUGUUUACAGUUUAUAUAGAUUGUUUUUUUCGUCCAUAAUUUAUAAGAAACAGAAAUUAACAAAUUUAAAACUUUUUAUUUGUAGAAAUUUCCUAAUUUUCGUUUAAAAAAAAUGGAAGCACAAAUUAUUAAAAACAGUUCUUUAUACAGCCAGGUUGGUGGAGCAUUCUAAUUUUAGAAAUUGUUUAGCAUUCAAAUUUUAAACUAUUUUUCAAAUACCGGUGCUACAAUGCUUUACUGUUGAUUUCUUAAUAGGUACCUAUUUGGUGGAUUUGGAAACUUUGGAACAAACUAUUGAAUUACGUUAGUUAACAAUUCGUAUGAGUCGUUUAGCUGAAGUGGGAAUGAAGUGGAGUGAUUCCCGAAAGCUAAUGCAAAAAAAGGCUGAGAAUUUUAAUUAAUGCUGAUAUUUUGUUGAAGUAAUUGUGGUAGAUUUUAUUUUACAGCUUCGUUGGUAUUGGUAGCCUGCCGGUACAGUGUUGUAUCAUAUAUUUGCACCUCAUUCAUAUCUAAAUUCCUAUUAUCCUCAUAAGGUGGUUUAUUAUUUUUAUUUUAAAACUCUAAUCAUAGACAAGUAAGAUUAAAUAUUUUUCUAAUUCUGUAACAGCAACUUGUUCGACAGGUUUAAAUUAGAAUGUUUGAAAUUGCAAAAUGCCUUCCCAGGCAUUAACACAUAAGAAAUCUUCCAAACGUUAAUAUAUGUGCGAAUUUUGUAAAUAAAUAGUGUUAUAGGGUUUCUCCUACUUAACUAUAUGUUGAAUUUUUGAUGACGAUGUAGAAAUAUUUCACCUCCAUCACUACCUGAUCUAUAUUUUUCCAAAAUGAUCAUAAUCAUAGAAUUGGAAUUGCUAGGGUAUGAAGUCAUAGUUCUUGCGUCAUACAAAAUAACAACUUGAUAUUUUUAUGAAAUGACAUAAAUCCCAGUAAGAACAGUUACGUAUUCUUUUGUCACGAAUCCUAAAAUAAAUUUCUCACUCAUAGCUAGUGCAGUACGAAUGAGUAAUAUGAAAAAGUAGGGUCUUAUAAAGUAAUUCCUUUUCUCUAUAAAAUACUGAUUUUUCUCUCUUUCAAAGUGAUUCUUAAAAUUACUGAUGUAAUGAUUCUCAAUUAUAAUGAGAUCAUACUUAUAUAGCUUAUUGUAAGUCUACUGAAAUUCCUAAUCACUACAGUAGGAACUAUUCAAUGAAUAAAUCAUUAGAUAUUAAAAAUGAAUUCGAAAAGAAAACAAUAUACACCAAAAUAAAAUUGCUCUAACCAGAGAUACGUUCAUUAUUAUUUGUUAUGAGCGGUAAUAUUUUUGCAUAACUUGCUCUUAUGAUAUUCUGUUGGAAGCUCUUGCUAAAUUUAUCAAUUCUAUUACAUGUAAAUCAAAAUUAUAUAAUAAGAUAUCUAUUUCAUUAUCUAAUUGUAAAAAUUCAAAAUGCAAUAUUGUUAGUUUCCUUGAGAAAAUGAAGUGGAAUUCUUGAUUCUCAAUUCAAUGAGAAUUAGCAAAGAUCAUGUUAGUUUUUCAAAUUCUAUUAUUUAUGUUGUAUGUUGGCCACUUGGAAGUUGGAAUGUGAUUGUAGUGAUUAACAAUGAAGUGCUGUGAAUCAGGAAUUCCUUAUAAUUGAAAUAACUGUUGAAUCUUGAAAGUUGAUUAUAUUCCAUUGAAUUUAUAAUGUUGAUCAUUAAUUUGUUGAUAUUGUUUAGUUAUAAGAUAAUAAUAUUAUCACUGAGUAAAAA